UUGAGAUAGUUUGAGAUGCAAAAUGUUAUUUUUUCCAUGAAUUAUAGAGAUGAAGACAGUCGAAAUUGCAUCAAUGAUUCGGUGAACGUUCGCGACAUCUCCAACGCUUUUUAUUGAGAAUUAUUAUGAGAUAUACUACUAUUAUUGAAUUAUUAUUUAGUAUCUGUUGCCAAGUCAGCCAAAAAAUUACUCACGAAACCACCCCAAUCUCAAUUCCCAUCCCCAUCACUGAUUCAUCUGAUUGCUAUAUAAAACAAAGGAUAUCCAAACCUUAAUUCAAUGCCAAACCAGUGAUCUUCUGGAGCUUUCUCAGCUCGAGGUUUUCAUAUCUUGACUAUUUGCUUCAAAAUACCUAAGGCAGUCAUUGCACUUGAGGACCAGCAUCAAAUUUUGUUUUCUGAGCAUUGAUCAGAGGAAUGGGGAGUAUCAGUGGAGAGAAACUUAGGUUUUGCAUUGAUAGAGGGGGAACAUUCACAGAUGUUUAUGCUGAAAUUCCAGGUCAGUCUGCAGGCAGAGUUAUGAAGCUGUUGUCUGUUGAUCCAUCUAACUACGAUGAUGCUCCCAUUGAAGGAAUCCGGAGGAUUUUGGAAGAAUUUACUGGUGAGAAAAUUCCCCGGACUUCGAAAAUUCCCACAGAUAAGAUAGAAUGGAUAAGGAUGGGUACAACUGUGGCAACAAAUGCAUUAUUGGAGAGAAAAGGAGAGAGGAUUGCGCUAUGUGUGACUCGAGGCUUUAGGGAUCUGUUGCAGAUUGGUAAUCAAGCUCGCCCAAAUAUUUUCGACCUCACAGUUUCAAAACCCUCUAAUCUUUAUGAAGAGGUUAUAGAGGUUGAUGAGAGAGUUGAGCUUGUUAUGAACAUGGAGGAAGGAAACCCAGAUACUUCUGCAUCACUAGUUAAGGGGGUUUCAGGUGAGUUUGUCAGGGUUGUGAAGCCACUUGAUGAAGAAGCUCUGAAGACUUUGCUGAAAGGUCUGUUGGAGAAAGGUAUUAGCUGUUUAGCUGUGGUGUUAAUGCAUUCCUACACUUACCCACAACAUGAAGUAUCUGUAGAGAAGUUAGCUGUGAGUUUGGGCUUUAGACAUGUUUCUUUAUCUUCUGCUUUGACCCCCAUGGUUCGCGCUGUUCCUCGGGGUCUAACGGCUAGUGUGGAUGCGUACCUCACUCCAGUUAUCAAAGAGUACUUAUCGGGGUUCAUAUCCAAAUUUGACGAAGGGCUUGGGAAAGUGAAUGUUUUGUUUAUGCAAUCAGAUGGAGGACUUGCACCAGAAAGUAGAUUUUCUGGCCACAAAGCAGUUUUGUCAGGUCCUGCAGGUGGUGUUGUUGGUUACUCACAGACUCUCUUUGGGCUUGAAACAGAAAAGCCCCUCAUUGGGUUCGACAUGGGUGGUACAUCUACUGAUGUUAGCAGAUAUGCAGGAAGCUAUGAACAAGUUUUAGAAACCCAGAUCGCUGGAGCUAUAAUUCAAGCUCCUCAGCUCGACAUAAACACUGUUGCUGCUGGUGGCGGGUCGAAGUUAAAGUUCCAAUUUGGAGCUUUCCGGGUGGGACCCGAAUCAGUGGGUGCACACCCGGGUCCCGUAUGUUAUCGGAAAGGGGGUGACUUGGCUGUUACUGAUGCAAAUCUUAUUCUGGGAUUUGUAAUUCCUGAUUAUUUCCCAUCAAUCUUUGGACCCAACGAAGAUCAACCUUUAGAUAUCAAGGCAACCAGAGAAGAUUUAGAGAAGCUUGCAAAGCAGAUUAAUUCCUAUCGAAAGAGUCAGGAUCAAUCAGCAGAGGAUAUGACAGUGGAGGAGAUUGCACAGGGAUUUGUGAAUGUUGCUAAUGAAACAAUGUGCCGUCCAAUACGACAAUUAACCGAGAUGAAGGGCCAUGAGACAAGAAACCAUGCUCUUGCUUGCUUUGGAGGUGCUGGGCCACAACAUGCCUGUGCUAUUGCUAGGUCACUGGGUAUGAAAGAGGUAUUAAUUCACAGGUUCUGUGGAAUCUUAAGUGCGUAUGGAAUGGGAUUGGCUGAUGUAAUCGAGGAAGCACAGGAGCCAUAUUCUGCUGUUUAUAACCUUGAAUCUGUUCAAGAGGCUUCUCAUAGAGAAGCUCUUUUGUUGAAGCAGGUAAAGCAAAAAUUACAAGACCAAGGGUUCAAAGAGGAAAACAUUACGACCGAAACAUAUUUAAACUUGAGAUAUGAGGGUACAGACACUGCCAUCAUGGUAAAGAAACAAAUAAAUGAAGAUGGCUUGGGAGGAGAUUAUGCUGUUGAAUUUGUAAAGCUGUUCCAGCAGGAGUAUGGAUUCAAAUUACAGAAUAGGAAUCUCCUUAUAUGUGAUGUAAGGGUUCGUGGUAUUGGAGUCACCAAUAUUUUGAAGCCGCGGGCCCUGGAACCUGCCCCUGGUAUCCCAAAAGCUAAAGGUCACUACAAGGUUUACUUUGAGAAUGGAUGGCACGAGACGCCUCUUUUCAAGCUUGAGGAUCUCGGUUACGGGCAUGUCAUGCCUGGCCCUGCAAUCAUCAUGAAUGGUAAUAGUACCGUGAUAGUAGAACCUAACUGUAAGGCUAUAAUUACCAAAUAUGGCAACAUCAAAAUUGAAAUUGAGUCAACAACAAACACAGUGAAACUAGCAGAAAAGGUUGCAGAUGUCGUGCAGCUCUCGAUCUUCAAUCACAGGUUUAUGGGUAUAGCUGAGCAGAUGGGACGGACCCUACAGAGGACUUCCAUAUCAACUAAUAUCAAGGAAAGGCUAGAUUUCUCUUGUGCUCUCUUUGGUCCUGAUGGAGGGUUAGUUGCCAAUGCCCCCCAUGUUCCCGUGCACUUGGGGGCUAUGUCAAGUACCAUCCGGUGGCAGCUCAAGUUCUGGGCCGACAAUUUGUUUGAAGGAGAUGUUUUGGUAACUAAUCAUCCUUCUGCAGGAGGUAGCCACCUACCUGAUAUAACUGUAAUUACACCUGUUUUCAAUAAUGGGAAUUUGGUAUUCUUUGUGGCAAGUAGAGGGCAUCAUGCGGAGAUUGGGGGCAUUACCCCGGGAAGUAUGCCUCCUUUUUCAAAGUUCAUAUGGGAAGAAGGAGCUGCCAUUAAAGCAUUCAAGCUUGUGGAAAAGGGGAUUUUUCAAGAAGAAGAGAUUAUCAAACUUCUCAAAUUCCCGUGUUCUGACGAAUCAGGUCAUAACAUUCCAGGAAGCCGUAGGAUUCAAGAUAACUUAUCAGAUCUUCGAGCACAAGUAGCUGCAAACCAGAGAGGAAUUUAUCUUAUUAAAGAGCUUAUCGAGCAGUACGGUUUGGACACGGUUCAAGCUUAUAUGAACUACGUGCAGGGUAAUGCAGAAGAAGCAGUGAGAGAAAUGCUCAAGUCAGUCGCAGCCAGAGUUUCUUCUGAAGCAGCCAAGUUGGGAAAAAGAGAUUCUCUGAUCAUUGAAGAGGAAGAUUACAUGGAUGAUGGUUCCGUGAUACGUCUGAAACUAUCCAUCGAUCCUAUAAAUGGGGAAGCGGUGUUUGAUUUUUCUGGAUCCAGCCCAGAGGUUUGUGGGAACUGGAAUGCACCGGAAGCAGUAACAGCUGCAGCGGUCAUUUACUGCCUCCGCUGUUUGGUGAAUGUUGACAUUCCCCUCAAUCAAGGUUGUUUGGCUCCCGUGAAAAUCCACAUCCCCGUUGGUUCAUUCCUCUCUCCAAGUGAUAAAGCUGCUGUCGUGGGAGGUAAUGUUCUGACUUCUCAGAGGAUUACCGAUGUUGUACUUACUGCAUUUCAGGCUUGUGCUUGUUCUCAGGGUUGCAUGAAUAAUCUCACUUUUGGGGAUGACACUUUUGGGUACUACGAAACAAUUGGAGGUGGAAGUGGAGCUGGACCCACCUGGGAAGGUACCAGUGGUGUUCAGUGCCAUAUGACUAACACUCGUAUGACUGAUCCGGAGAUCUUUGAGCAGAGAUAUCCGGUUCUUUUGCAUAAAUUUGGACUACGAGAGAACAGUGGAGGUGAUGGAAUACAUAGAGGCGGUGAGGGGCUUGUGAGAGAGAUAGAAUUCAGGCGCCCCGUUGUUGUGAGCAUUCUUUCGGAGAGGCGUGUUCAUGCACCAAGAGGGUUGAAGGGUGGAAAGAAUGGAGCUCGGGGAAUGAAUUACCUUGUUACGAAGGAUAAGCGAAGAGUGUACCUUGGGGGUAAAAACACAAUUGAGGUGAAGGUUGGUGAAAUUCUUCAAAUUCUAACUCCCGGUGGUGGUGGAUGGGGUGCUCUCUGAUUCUCUAGGGUUGGAGUCGACUUUUCAUGUUGAAAGCACUGUUUUAUUGUUUUGAAUGGACUUGCGAUAUAUCCAAAUCAUGAUGGAAUUCAUGGUAUCAAUAAUCUACGAAUUUCAUCAUUUCAUAAGGAUGAAUAAAAUGUCUACAUGUUCUUGACGUGUUCUUAA